AUGGACCUGUCGGACGGGUCAACAAACGUGAAUAUCCCAAACGAGCACCAGAUCGAUGUGAUAGACAUGCGGCAUCAGAAUCCCCGCCCGUGCCUCAUAGAGAAUGGAUACGAACUUAUCAAGCACAACUUCUCGCUGAGUUCGGACCAGUUCCUUUCCGGUACCACUCCGGAAGGCGAAGCCUUAAUCCGAGAAGUUCAUAGCGAGGUUGCUGAACUCCUGAAGAGUUUCACGGGCAGCAAAAUUGUCCGACCGUCGUCGUUCCGCAACCGUGGGUUGAACCCACAAUCCAGGGAUGUUACCAUGAUGCCCUCGACGUGCAAUAUCCUGGCUGUGGCCCAUAUCGAUCACGACCGUGAGUCGGCCGAGACCGCAAUACGUCGCAAGCUUGGUGACGAGUUUGACGAGCUAUGGGCUCGCUAUAGCCAUUACGGCUAA